UACGGCGUGCAUUUGCACGCCGUCGUAUAUCUUUAAAAACCCAAUUGAAACACGGCAUUUUUCUCCCAUUCGUAAGAUUCUCAUCCCUUCUCAAAAACCACUGCGCCUCCUGCCAUUCAUUUUCCUCAGCGACCUCUUCUUCCCGUGCUGCCACCAGUCCACCACAGCCACCAUCAUCGACUUCGCCCAGCGCCUUAGCUCUAACUCUCCGCCUUCCACCGUCGACCACGGGCGCUAGCUCUCACUCUCGCCGUUGCCUCCCAAGACCCAAAUCGAAAUAUUUCUGUAAGGAAAAAAGUGAAAGAUUCAGAAAGAUGAGAGCAGGUCAAACCUUAAUGCAUACAACAAGUAGAAAGGGCUUUUCUCGUUUAGAAGCUGAAAUGUGUGCUGAAAGUGAUGACCUAGAUUCUAUAACGAGAGAUGAUGUUUAUAUUCGAGGGCAUACGCGAAAAAAUGGUGAACUCAUUAAUGAAUCAGCUGGGGAAACAAUGAACAAAAUAAAAGCAUGUUUAGAGAUGGUUACUUCUCCUAGCCAACACUCCCUUAAAAAUGAUGGUGUUGCUAGAGUGCUUGGUCUUGUAUGUCGAGGACGGGUAAGAGGUCUUGGUUUCAGUGCGACUCCUUCAAAGUUGAGUGCUUUGGUGCACAAUCAUAACUUGCAAACUCAAGUCCAAGAGUUGAGAGAUGAAAUUAAAGAAUUAAAAGCUUUGUUUCAAAUGAAGAGUAAGAGUGUUGAACAAGAAGAUAAUAUAAGUGAAAAAUAGAAUUAUUGAACGUUAUUCUAAAUUACAUAUGAUUUCUAUAUUCAGAAUAAUAAAUUGUACAAUUGGAUAUGAAUUUUACAGCCUAGAGACAGAAGCUUGAAUGGUUCAAAUAACCUUCAAAAUAGGAAAUGCAAAUUGUUAUCUUAGUUUGGGAAAGCUGAUAUUGUUACAAAAGGUGAAAUCGCAUCAACAAAUCCAAGUGAUUUGGUGCAUCAUGUACCACUUGGUGAUGAAUGUUGGAGAGUUUGGGUUAAUGAAGUGAUUGAUAAUGUCAGCUUAUAUCGUCCUACACGUGAGCUUUUUUUUUUUGAAGAUGCAUUAGGAAGUAUAAUAGCAUGGCCAAUUAGGUACAUUGAAGUGGAUUCGCUAUAAUCACAAUGAAGGUAUGCUUAACUUCUUUUCUAUUUUAAUUUCACAAUUCAUUAGGCAAAUAUGUUACAAUUCAAGUCCUCCUAGCAUUCCUACUUCUGUGAGUCUAACAUUUUUAACUGGCCAUUGAUGACCAUUGAGUGGAACUUGUCUUUGAGGAGGAAUAUGUUGAAAUUCCUUCAAUUGCCAUUGACAAUGAUCAGGUUUCUAUCCCUGAUAUUGUUC